ACGCGAGUCCAGGGCGUGGGGGAUCCUUGCUCCCCGACCGGUUCUGCCGGCUUCCCGUGGGGCUCCCUGGCAGGUCUGGAUGUGGGCCUGCCCCUCUCUGCAAGCUCCAGCCUGCGCUUCCCGCAGAGGGGAAGCUGCGCUGGACCCACCGGGAGGAAGCGGGAGCAGGUCGUCAUGCCUUCCAGGCUGAAGUUCUUCCGGGGACAGCGCUACCAGCACCUGAAGAAGCGCUGCCUGCAGCAGCAGAGCCUCUUUGAGGACCCCGAGUUCCCGGCCACAAACGCCUCCCUCUUCUACCGCAGAGACCCUCUGGAGGGAGUCUCCUGGAAGCGCCCUGGGGAGAUGUGCGCUGACCCCCGGCUCUUUGUGGACGGCAUCAGCCCCAGGGACCUGCACCAGGGCAGCCUCGGGAACUGCUGGUUCGUGGCGGCCGCCUCCUGCCUGGCCAGCGAGCCCAGCAUCUGGAAGAAGGUCAUCCCCAACCCCCGGGAGCAGGAUUGGGACCCUCGCCGGCCGCACGCCUACGGCGGCAUCUUCCGCUUCCGCUUCUGGCGCUGGGGCAGCUGGACGGAGAUUGUGGUGGACGACCGCCUGCCCUGCCGCCGGGGACAGCUCCUCUUCUGCCGCUCGGCCGAGCCCCGCGAGUUCUGGAGCGCCCUCUUGGAGAAGGCCUACGCCAAGCUGAAUGGGUGCUACGAGGCCCUGGAGGGCGGCAACACGGCCGAGGCGCUGGUAGACUUUUCGGGGGGCAUUUCGGAGCCCCUGGCGCUGGACGAGGGGGGCUUCGGCACGGACCCCGAGAAGCGGAAGGAGCUCUUCCAGCAGCUGAAGAAAGCCCACAGCCGGGCGGCUCUCGUCAGCUGCUCCAUCCGGUCCCUCCCUGGCGAGGGUCCCGAGGCCGAGCUGCCCUGCGGCCUGGUCCGGGGCCACGCCUACGGGGUCACGGCAGUGAGGACCGUCCACCUGCGUCGGAGGAACCUCCUGGAGCUCUUCAAGGUCAAGAAGCUGCAGCUGAUUCGCAUGCGGAACCCCUGGGGGACGGUGGAAUGGAACGGGGCCUGGAGCGACAAGUCCCCAGAAUGGCAGAAAGUGAGCCAGAGAAACCGGAAGCAAAUGGGGGUCACAGUCCGGGACGAUGGCGAAUUUUGGAUGAGCUUUGAGGACUUCUGCGCCCAUUUCACAGACGUUGUCAUCUGCCGCCGCAUGAACACGGCGAGGCUGAGCUGCCGGCGGAGCUGGGUGGAGGGUCUGCAGUUUGGGGAGUGGGACCCCCAGAAGAGGCGGGCAGGGGGCUGCCUCAACCACCGGGAUACCUUCCUGGAGAACCCCCAGUUCUUCUUCGACGUGUCUGGGGUUCGAGACUCCGUCCUGAUCUCGUUGCAGCAGGAAGACACCCGUCAGCUCCGGGGGUCCGGCUCUGGGGGGCACAACCUCCCCAUUGGCUUUGAGCUCUUCAGCGUGGAGCAGAACCGGACUUGGCGCCUGCACCGUAUCCCACCCCGAAUGGCUGGCUCCACCUACAUCAACUCCCGCAGCGUCUUGCUCCGGGCGGAGGUGCCCGGGGGUCGCUAUGCCCUCCUGCCCACGACCUUCGACCCCGGCCAAAGCAGCACCUUCCUCCUGCGCAUCUACAGCGAGCGCCCGUCCAGGCUGCGGGCCGUUGACCACAAUGACCCCCCACCUCCACGCUGCAGCUGCUGCUCUGGAUCCCACCAGCUCAUCACCUCCGUCUGGGUCCAUCGGGCUGUGGGGCUGGCGCUCCCCAACUCCAGCAAAGCCCCAGAUGUCUAUGUGAAGGUCUGCUCCGAAGGGCAGGCAGUGCAAUCCUGCCUCCACAAGGCCACCUCCAGCCCCGACUUCGACUUCAAGGCCAUCUUCUGCCGCCGGCGCCCGCGGAAGCCCAUCCGCAUCGAGGUGUGGGCCAAGCGGAUCCUGCGCAGCACCCGGCUGGGGUACGUCAAAGUCUUGGCUGCGGAGAACCCCCCAGAUGCUGGCAAGGGGCAGGUGCUGCGGCUGCAAGGGGGACCCCCAGCCUGCCCCCCGGGCUCCAUCCUCGUGGAGACCUCCACCAGCUCCAACCUCCUGGCGCUGUGAGCUUGGCCGAGGAGUAAUCCAAGCGAGAGAUAACCAGAGCAUGCGCCACUCUGGCGAGACAGUCUGUGGGCAGGAGGGGAGAGGGUUGCUCUUGCACUCGGAUCCUGCUUCUGGAUUUCCCCUUGGGGGCAUCUGGUCAGCCACAGUGGGAACCAGACGCUGGGCUGGGUGGACCAAUGGUCGGAUCCUGCAGGGUUUCGCUUAUGUUCUUCGCUGCUCCGCCAGUGGUGGGGGCCAGUGCCGGCCUCCCUUCUCUUGCCCUUGGAGAGGUGUUUCGCUUCUUGCCGCAGCCGAUUGGGAGGAGGCUGCUUGGCAGGGACAAAAGAGACCUCUCUUCGCCCCAUCAGCACCUGGUGUGUCUCAUUUUGCCGGAGGAGAGAAGAGGCCAAAGUCCAACCGGCUGGCCACCCUUUCCCUUCUUGGAGAGCUAGGUUUGCACGGGGGAUGGUGACCCACUCAGCCCCCCCCCCGC